UAUAGAAGAAAUGAAAAAAACUGUUGACUUUAAUAGAAAAUAUAUUGAAAAAGAUGGAUCCGAUUAUGAUUUUAGUAUAGAUUCUGAUUCUAUAAAAUCGGCUUUUUCACAAUUUCGGUUUACGAAUGAAAAAUUUCCAAAAGUAAACGCAAAUGAAUUCUCAUCUAAAGAACUUUCUCAACUUUAUCGGAAUAACAAAGCAAUUAAGAACACUAAAAAAUUUGAUUAUAGCUUUGAGUCUAUAUUUGAACACCAAAUAGAAAGUAAUAAUGAUCUAAAGACAGAAGGUCAAGAAAAUGCAACAAAACUUAAAUGCAAUUGUGAUUUUGGCCAUAAAUCUGAACUUAGAAAGUGUAUGCCUGAAACCAAGGACAUGAAAAAGACUCCAAUUUAUACGUCCUAUAAUAAUUCUAAAUUGAAAGAUGACAUUGCAUUAGAAUAUAAAUCAACUAGAAUUAUAUCUACAGGGAAUGAUUAUGGAGUAAUUACUCAAGAUCAGCGCAGAUGUAAAUCGAAGUAUAUAUACCCCGAAACGGUCGUGCUUCUUACAAUAAAUCUUUUGUUAUGCAUAUUGACCUAUAUCGUAGGGACACUGGCGUAUAUAUUAAUUGUUAAUUAUGUUGCUGUGUUUCUAUACAAAAUGUUUCAAGUACUAACAUUUUGUGUUCCAAUAAUAGUUUUGAAUGAGUUUCAGAGAAUUAUUAAAUAUUUAUAUUAUAGAGUUUGAUUGUCUUAAAA